CCCCCCACCCUAAUCCCAAAGAUUCCAAUUUUCCAAUCUAGCCAGUCGCCAUCGGAAACCAUUGGCCGGUCGCCACCCCACGCCGCCGUUGACGACCCCGUCGCGCGCCCAGGCGGCCAAUAAACACCGCUCCCGCCCCCCCGCCCCCCGCCGCGUGCCGCGUCGAAGGGAGCGAGGAGGAGGAGCGAGGAGGAUGGUGAGGCUCCCGUACCUGACCGCGCUCACCACGCUCUUCAGCUACGGCCUCCUCUUCGCCUUCGGCCACUUCCGCGACUUCUUCCGCCGGAUCCUCGACGCCGGCAAAUCCAGCAACCUCAAGGGUUACGCGCCCAUUUGCCUGGGGUACGAGGAUUUCUACACGCGCCGCCUCUACCUCCGCAUCCAGGACUGUUUUGGCCGACCUAUUGCCAGUGCGCCCGAUGCUUGGUUUGAUGUAGUUGAGCGUCACUCAAAUGACGGCAACAAGACACUCCAACGUACCACAAAAACAUCCAAGUGUCUUAACUUGGGUUCCUACAACUACCUUGGUUUUGCUGCAGCAGAUGAGUACUGCACUCCUCGUGUUAUUGAGUCACUCAAGAAAUACUCUGCCAGUACUUGCAGUGCCAGAGUUGAUGGAGGAAAUACUAAGCUGCACACAGAGCUCGAGGAACUAGUUGCACGAUUUGUUGGCAAGCCUGCAGCUAUUCUUUUUGGCAUGGGUUAUGUGACAAACUCUGCGAUCAUUCCUAUUUUGAUUGGGAAGGGGGGGCUGAUAGUUAGUGAUUCACUGAACCAUAUUUCUAUAGUGAAUGGAGCCAGGGGUUCAGGGGCUACUGUCCGGGUUUUUCAACAUAACAACCCUGCACAUCUGGAAGACGUACUGAGGGAGCAGAUUGCAGGGGGGCAACCUCGUACACACAGGCCAUGGAAGAAGAUAAUUGUGAUUGUUGAGGGAAUUUAUAGCAUGGAAGGGGAGUUAUGCAACCUUCCUGAGAUUAUGGCUGUCUGCAAGAAAUACAAGGCCUACACAUAUUUAGACGAGGCACACAGUAUUGGAGCUGUUGGAAAGACUGGAAGAGGUGUAUGUGAACUACUAGGAGUGGAUCCAGCUGAUGUCGACAUCAUGAUGGGAACAUUUACAAAAUCGUUUGGAUCGUGCGGAGGUUAUAUUGCAGCAUCAAAAGAGAUCAUUCAACAUCUCAAGCAUGCAUGCCCAGCCCAUAUUUAUGCAACAUCCAUGUCGCCUCCAGCAGUCCAGCAGGUCAUCUCUGCGAUAAAGGUCGUCCUUGGGGAAGAUGGAUCUAACAGAGGGGCCAAGAAACUUGCUCAGAUUCGGGAGAACAGCAAUUUUUUCCGUUCAGAGCUUCAGAAAAUGGGUUUUGAGGUGCUGGGAGAUAAUGACUCACCUGUCAUGCCUAUCAUGCUUUACAAUCCUGCUAAAAUUCCUGCAUUCUCAAGGGAGUGCUUGAGACAAAAUGUUGCUGUUGUGACUGUUGCAUUUCCUGCAACGCCACUACUACUUGCCAGAGCUAGGAUAUGUAUCUCAGCUUCUCAAUCAAGGGAGGAUCUAAUUAAAGGGUUGGAGGUUAUCAGCAAAGUUGGUGAUCUCAUCGGAAUCAAGUACUUCCCCGUUGAGCAAGAGAAGGUUGCAUCUGUUGACAAACUUAAGAAGCUUGAGUGAAUAGUGACAAUGGACAAUUGGAAGAAUUCUGCUGCUGUUAUGCUAGAUCUACUGGGUCAUCUUGGUAGUGCACCAUGCCUCGGUUUUGCUCUUUUGUGCACCUCAGGACCCUUCAUUUUCCUUUGUCUGAAGUGGUUUUGAUUUUGUACAGACUGUAUUAUCAUCCAUCAUAGUUUGAAACUUAACACGGCUCUAUACACUGUUUUGUCGAAUUCAAGAAAAAAGAAAUCCCUGUACAACCUUGUAAGUGACUGAAAUCAUGUAGAUACUAAUUUCCUUCUUAUUACUGACUUCCUUUCAAGGCGCAA